AUGGCGCGACAGGUCACUGAUGUCGCGGGUUACUGGCCCGAGACCAGAAUAUUUGGCGCCACGUGCCGAGACCACUUCUUGCAUCCGGCCCGGUUCAAGGGCCCGCGCACCAUCCUGCCGCACACGUCGGAGCAAUACGACGCUCAGAUCAACUUCCUCCUCGGGCCCGUGCCGGUGCCAAACGGCCUUGUCGAAUUCCAAUCCACGCGAUGCUGGAAAGUCGCUGGCGAUACAAUCCGCGGGCCUCUAUCACAGAAGUUGACUCGUCUGGAAUGGUCCGUGGGCGCUGUCAGCGUAGACGGGGUGGGCUGA